CCGCCAUGACAGUUUUGGCUCCUAUUUUUCGUACGCUUCGCCUCGCUCUGUCUCCCUCAGUAUAAAAGGUGCUGGCGUCGCGCUGAACAGGCAGUUCUCACAAAUUAAUCAGUCAUCAUGUCUGGUAGAGGAAAAGGAGGAAAAGGUCUUGGAAAAGGAGGCGCCAAGCGUCACCGCAAAGUUUUGAGGGAUAAUAUCCAGGGCAUUACCAAGCCCGCCAUUCGCCGUCUGGCCAGGCGUGGUGGUGUGAAGCGUAUUUCUGGUUUGAUCUACGAAGAGACCAGAGGUGUGCUCAAGGUAUUCCUCGAGAAUGUGAUCAGGGAUGCCGUCACUUACACCGAGCACGCUAAGCGCAAGACCGUCACAGCUAUGGAUGUUGUCUAUGCUCUCAAACGUCAAGGCCGCACUCUCUACGGCUUCGGCGGAUAAGUGCACCCAACCCAAACGUUCAGAACAACCAAACCGGCCCUUUUAAGGGCCACAACCAAUUCCCAAUGGCACUGUCAAAACAGUAAUUGUGUUAUGAGUUGCCCAUACUUCCCAUAGUCCGUGCUCACGCUUGUACAUGCGCCUCUCUCUCUCUCUGUAUAAAUAUACUCACGCACUCACACAUACGGAGCGGGGUUGUCUCAGCACGUAGGGCGUGUAUUUACUAUUGCUGUGUGUGUAUGCGUGAGUGCUUCUGACCUUCGUACAUAUAAAGUUGAUGACGGUGGCGGACUGGAUUGUCCGGUGGUAGAGGUGAGAAACACAAAGAAUUUACAGCAAAGGGGUGAGCGCGUUGGUGUGCGUUGGUGUGCGUGCGUGCCUCUGUGUGUGUGUGUGUGUGU